AUCAGCUAUUGAUGAUGUAAUGGCCGCGGACGAACAGCCCAAACGAGUUCCAAUGAAAAUAAUACAUUGUGCAGUUCGACUAUAAUCGGAUUUUGUUGUCGUGAGUACUAGAUAACUAAGAUUAAUCUUUUAUUCGUUUUAUCGUCGGGCGGUGGUCUGAUUAACUGAGCUACUUUAUAAUUUUACUAUUUCACUUUACAUAACAGUCCGUGUGAAUAUGUACAAUUAGUUUCUUAAACGUGAAUUAAAGAUUUUAGGUGAAGCAGGGGCGAUACACAAUAUUGGUAAGUAACCUAGGUACAUAUAUCGUAUGUAUAUGUAUACGUAUACUUUUAUCUUAAUUUGUGCUAUAUAGUUACAAUUCGCUAAUAUUACAAGUUAAUAUAGUUAUAAAUUAUGUUACUUUAUUCUACGUAGUUAUUAUAAUAUAAUCAUAAAUCAUAAACAUAUUUUGUAAUGUAGAUUAGAAGUAAGCUGACACUCUGAUAGCUGAAGAGGUUGGCAUGAUCGUGUUCAACGGUGAUAGAUUAUUAAAUUAUGUAGGUAUAAGUAAAUUGUUUGUAUAAUAAUUACUUUCUCGAUACUAAUAGCUUAUGUUAUUAUAAUUAUUAAUGUUAUUGUUUUAGUUGUUGUUGUAGAACUAUAACUUAAAAGUUUUUUAAUUACUGGAUAACUGCAAAAAAUUGUCAACUGCUGUGUCAAUUGAUUCCAAUGGAUUUUUUCCAUUAUCGCGGUGAGCAGAACUUCUACUACUGAUGUUGAGAAUACAACUACUACUAUUAUAGUGGUAAGAUACCUUGUUUAGUAAUUAUUAGAUAUAAAAUACAAUAAUUUUAGUUUAAACACCUAGCGAUUUUUUGUUCAAUCGUGUGUACAAUGACAAUGUACAAAUAAAAAAAUUUGGAUGCACUUUGUUUGGGAAUUACUGGUGAAAAGAAGUUUGGAUAUUCCAUUAUACAUAUUUUCAAAAGGAAUACGUUAAAUUAAAUAUUUUUAAAAUAGGUAUGAGGUUUUUAGUUCUUAUUCGAUUGGUAAAAUCUAAACUUCCUUUUAAUACAUACUUUUUAAAUUAUUACACGUCAUAGAUCUUGAGAAGUAGUAUUUUCAAAAUUAAUACAAAAUAUGUUAGAAAAAUGCUGAACAUUUACAUUUUAAACUUUUUUUCAAUUUAUCGAUAUCUCAAUUUGUUGUGCAAAACUAUCUGAAAAAAAAAAUUGCAAGGUCGCUACACUAGAAUUAUUCAAUUUUUUUCAAAAUAUAUUUUUGCAUGUUCAAAAAAAAAGUUUUAUUUUUCCGUAUUUUUUUUAAUGUAAAUGGUUAUUAUUUAAAAUCUUUAAAAUAUGGAUGUUAUUAUUUAAUCCAUUGGUUAAAUCAAAUUUACUUAUCACACUUACUUUUGAUGUAUUUGUACAUUUAUUAUGAUAAGUGCAAAUACAUAAAAAACCCAAUGGGAGAGGUAAGUGAUUAAAUACAUCAAAUCUAUCUUUAUGAUAGAACUAAUUACUGAACAAAUUUUAUUGUUGGGCAAGUAUAAAAAAAAAAAAAUUGAUAAUGUAAAUUCUAACCUUUUUAUAUUCUGAGCAAAGCAAGGAAUGUAUUGGUUUAUUUUUAUUUUUUUUUUAUCUGUAAACAUUUUGUCUGAUGUAUCAAGUGUAGUACCUUUUCAGAAAGGAAAUUUUAUCUAGAUAGUACUUUAGCAAGGUCUUUUUUUGAUUUUCCAAGCACUUUUCAUCAUAAUUGAGAAAACUGAGAUACAAUAAGGAAAAUUUAUUAAAUUAAUUAUUUAAAUUUAGGUUUUUGUUUCGAUUGAGUUAAAAUAUAUGCCGAGACUUGAAAUUUGGAUAUAAAACUUAUAUUUGUCUUCUUAAAAUAUUUUAGCCAUUUUUUUUUUAGCUACUUAUAGACAUUUUAAUUUUUGCAAGUUUUUGACGUAAUUUUUAUUCGGUAUGUACUUUGUGGAUAAAAUUGUUAGACCAAACAGGAAUGUUUAAAAAUUUAACACGUGGUCCAACAUAAAUUAUAUGUUAACAAAUAAAUAACUAAGUUGUAUUUAUGAAAAGAAAUCCUUUUUUUUAUAAUUUUUAAUAUCAAAUGUUGAUGAAAUUUGUUAAUUUUAUGGCCUUUCAAAACAUAACUGAACUGCACUCUGAUUCUAUUUUUCGUUAGCAAUCAUUUAUCAUUGCAUACAGAUAUACUUUUAAGUUAUAUUUAUGUAACUACUUAGUUUGGUAUAUUACCAUCAUUACCUACCAAAGUUACUUAUAACAUUGUUUUUUUAUUAAUUACAUAUUAAUAAGAGGUAAACAUAAAUUUAAAUUUAAAAUAAAAUAAAAAUGUUAUAAACACAAAUUUAUGUACAAAUGUGAUAUUAUUAGCAAAUAUUAUAGAAAUACAUAGAUUUCUAUAUUACACAUUGAAGUUUGUUUAGCAAAAUUAAAUUAAAGUAUUGAUUAAGGAUUGUUACUAUUGCCAUUAUUAUUAUCUUUAAGUUGAUUAAGAAAGGUGAACAUAAUACAUUUUGUAUAUUUAAUAUAUUAUUAAAGUUAUUUUUUAUUUCAUUGUGUAUGCUUUUUAAUAUUGAAUUGAAGUAUUUUUUUUUUUGUGUACAAAUGAAUGUUAGGUCUUUUUAUAUAUUGUUUGUGGUUUUGUGUUAACGAUCUAAUAAAUGUUUUUUGCAAAAUUUAAUUUUGUAUUUACUUUAUUUAAUCUAAUUUCUGCAGUAUGUUCUUUUAGCCUAGUUUUGAAAUUUCUAUCAGUUAAUAUAAUUUAUAUUUAACUGGGUUAUCAUAUUUUUUAAUUGGUGGUUUUGAUGUUUAACAAUUUUAUUAUUUAGGGUCUUAAUUAUAUUAGUAUAAGUUUUAAAUGCUGGUAUAUAAAUUUGAUUAUUCUAUUAUUCUAGUUAAGAAAAUGUUGUUUUCGUAACUAAUGUAAUUGAUAUUGUUUUUAUUAUUAAUGAUAUUAUUUUUAUUUUGGUGUUUAACAUUAAAAUGUAAUUUGUAAAGGGUCUUUAAGUUAAAAUCAUUAAUUAAAGCUAUUUUUUUUUAUUUUUUUUUUAAUUCUUGCAAGUACUUAUUAUUGUUUGAAGGGAUAUUUUUAAUCUAUGUAGCAUUGAUCUAAAAUAUGCUAAUUUUUAUGAAUAUGGAUAGUUAGAAUCAGGCAUUUUAGCAUGAGUUUGUGAAGGUUUUCUAAAAAUAUUAAAUUCAAAUUUAUUAUUAAUUAUUUUAAUAUUCAGAUCUAAAAUAUUUAUUUGAUUAUCAGUUCGCAAUUCAAUUGUAAAUUGUAUGUGUUUGUUAAUUUUGUUGUAAUUUAUUUACCAUAUUUCGUGCCUUUAAAUAUUAUAAAAGUAUCAUAUAUAUAUCUAUAGUAUUGUUCAAUGUUGGAAUUUUUUAUAAUGUGUUUGUUUUCAUAGUUUUGUAAGUAUAUCUCUGAGAGUAUGUUGUUUACAAUAAUAUCAUAUUUUAUAUACAUUUGUUUUAUUUUAAAUUUAAACUUAUGUGUUUGCCUUUUGUUAUUAAUGUGUUAUUAACCAAAACAAAUGUUAUAAGUAACCUGAUGAUGGUAAUAUACUGAAAUUAAGUAGUUAUAUUAAUAUAACUUAAAAGUGCAUUCUAAGUCGUGUUUUUUCAAACAAUUUUUUAAUAUUGAUUUAUUAAUAUAUGGUAACUGGGUUCUUUAAUUAUAUUUUUUUAAUAGUCAUGUGAUAAAUUGUAUUGUUUUGUGUCAUUAUCUGAAAUGUAAAAAAUCUUUAUGAAAAAUUUGCUAGCAGUGAUGUAUCUAGCCAAUUCUAGAUAGUUAAUUUAGUGAACGCUUUUUUCCUUUUUCCAAAAGGAUAAAAUAAGUUGGCAACACUAUUUAUGAGUUUGUUUCAUGGAUAAUAAAAUAGAUGGAUCUAUCAUCUGUGGAUUUUUAACAACCAAUCAGAAUCUCUUAUCAGGUACACAAGAACAGCUGAAGGGAGGACUCAAGAAUUGAUUUCUAUUAAAAAUGCAUAAUUAUAGUAAUUCCCCCCAUUUACUUUUACUUUCUGUAAAUUUUGGAUACACCAGUUUUGGUUUCAGCCUACUAUUUAAAACAAUCAAAUAAUAUAAUAUAGUAGUAACUAUUUAAAUAAUAUAAUAUAAGUAAAUAAUAUAAUAUAAGUAAAUAAUAUAAUAUAGUAGUAACUAUUUAUAUUAUUUUCUUCUCUUACCUAUAGAUUACAUUUAUUUAUUUAGUGACAGUUCUAACAAAUCAAUUUGACUGAAAUCAAUAUGGAAGGUGUACCACGGUUAUACAUGAUUGGCUUACCUGCCAAACAGUGUGUAACUGACAGAAAACCAGAUUUCGCAUCAGCCAUAAAUUAUGUAAGUAUUAGCCACUUAUGGUUUAAAAUAUAUAUAAUAAAACAUAAAGGAAAGAGAUUUACAAUUUAACCAUUUUUGGCCUAACAAAAUUUGUUGUUUUUCUAAUGGUUAUCUAAUGCCUCCUUAGAAUUUAUUUUAAAAUUACAGUUUAUACAACUAUUUAUGAAUGAAAUUCUUAACAUAUUAAUGUUAUUAACAUCAUAAUUACAACUGAUGACGACUUUAAAAAAACAUUUAAGCAAGCAAAUUAAUAUUAUUAACAAAUGUUUAGUGUAAUAAUAAUGUAUUUAACAUGGUUAAUUCACCAAAGUUUUAGUAUUUUAUAAAUUGCUGAGUACAUAGUGCAUGCAAUUUAUGGCUUUUUACAUUUAUUUAUUAUAUUUUUAUUUAGUAUAUUCGUCAGUCCUAUGAACGUGAUCCUAAUUUGUACUCUACUGAUGUGGAUAUGCUGCAAGGUCUUAGACAAUCUGCUAUAGGUGCAGUGAUGUCAGCUGCUAGUACAGUGGAUGAUUGUACAGUAUUAAAACGUUACUAUGUACAACUGAUUCGAUUAACAGAAAAGUUUCCUGGAUUACUACAGCAAUCACAUGAUGAUAUUGAUAAGGAAGCAGUAGAAAAAACAACAAAACCUCUGAAAUUUACUUGGUGAGUAAUGAGAAAUGAUUGACUAACAGCAAUUAUAUAUAUACAAGCAGUAUAAUUAUGUUUGUUCUGGAACAGCUAGAUAUUUUUCACUUUAAAAACUAAUUUCUGAUCUCUGUUCACAUUAUUUUCUUGUUCUUUGUUCACAAACAUAAAUUGAAAAAUUAUAUUUAAAAAAAUUAAAUGUUUUAAAAAGUCCAAAAGGUUAUAUCAAAACAAGAGAAAUAUGAAUUUAUUAUUUUUAAAGUUGAAUAAUAUUUAAAAACUAUUUUCAUAUUAACAUUGUGGUAGGAACAGUUCUCUUUUAAAAUAAUAAAUAAUAAAAUAUAUUACACAUUGCGUGUGUAAUAGAUAAAUUUUGCAUACAAAUCGAUAAUGAUUAAUUAGGUCAAAUUAUAUAUACCUAAUAAUAUUUUUGUGUUAUUAAAAUAUUAUAUAUCUACCAAUAUAUAUAACAUUACGAUUUGUAUUGUUAAUAAAUUUAUUUCUAUCUUUUAGAAUUUUAGCAAAUUUCUAUAUGUUAACAAAGAUUAUAUUUGAAAGGUUUAUAUAAAAUUUAAAGUCAAUCGAUCCAGUAGAAUCCAAAAUCUCUUACUAAUCAUUUUAGACAAAAUUUGAUAACAUAUUUUAAAAGAUCGUUUAAGGUUUAGUAGGAGUAGAUGAAAACAGAAUUGAGCUACGAUGAUUUCUCGCUAAGAUAUUUAAACUCAACAAUUCUCAAAAUUGGACUACCCAAAAAUCGAUUUUUAGUAUUCAGUGUAAAUAAGUUCAGAAAUAACAAUGUUUUACAUGUUUCUGCUUAUUAUUGAAUAAAUUUAUUGUGGAAUAUUAUAACAAAUUUUUGGAUUCCUUUUGAAAAUCUUAAUAUUUUUACAUAAAUAAUUGAUCAACUGAUUUAUGAGAAAUUAGAAGAAGUAUUUAAUGAUAUAGAUGAAAUCGAAAAAGUUAUUUCUAAUGAAGUUAUAGUUUCUGUUGAUGAAUGCAAACCGAAUAGUUUAGUUAUUUUCGAUGAUUGUGUUCUAGAAAAACAAUUAAAAAUUAAACAAUAAUUUAUAAGAGGUCGAUAUAAAAAUAUUUCUUGUAUUUAUUGAACACAAGAGUUAUACUACCGUGGAUUUAACAAUUAUAAGAAACAAUUUAAAUUUUCUAAUUAUUUUUAAACAGUCUGAUCAUUAUAUUAAAAAAAUAUGGGAAUACUUUAUAUGUGAUAAUAAAUUAAGUUUAUUUAAUUUACUUUGUAAAAAAUGUUGGAAAAAACCAUUUGGAUUCUUAUCAAUAGAUAUAACAAAUAAUCAUCUCUAUAAUAAAUUAGAUACAUUUUUAUGUAAACAUUACAAAACGAAUGAUAAUCAUUAAUCAUUGAAUAACAAACAUCAGUUAAUGAAAAUUUAUUGAAAAAAUGUAUUUUUCUAUAAUAAAUGAGAACACUUGAACAAAUUCAAAACAAUCUUUAGAAAAAAAUUAAAAGUGUAUUAAACUUAAAAAAAUCUAAUAAAAUACGAAAAACAGUACAUUUGAAGAGAAAAAAAACCAACAGAAGUAGAGAUUAAUGAAACAAUUAAUCUUGAAAAAAAUAGCGAAAAUGUGUAGAAAUGAAGCAGAGAAAAAACUAAAUGAUGAAAUAAAAAAACAAAAAGCAUUUGAACCAAGAGAUUAAAAAAUACUAAAGAAGCUGUUAGAAAAACCGAUGAUGAUAUUAAAUCAUUUUUAGUUCCUGUGAAACAGUUAACACAAACAUCAGAUUUUAUUACCAAACAAAAAAUGAUACGAGAUAAAGACUUAGAAACAGAAAUCAAAAAUUCAAUUAUUAAUAACAAAAUAGGAGUUAUUGCAGCUCAUUAUUUAGCCAAAUUAUUAGAUGAUAAAUUUGGGAUUUUUCAUAGUAAAGAUAACGAUAUUAUUUUAAACGAAAAAACUUAUAAAGGAACACAAGGAUUAUGAAGAUUAUUAACAUAUAAUAAAAAUAUAGAUAAAACAUCAUAUUCUGAUGAUGAUAUUAAGAAUUAUGAAAAGAUAUUAAUAGAAACAGAAUCAUUAUAUCAUAAUAAUAAUAAAAAUACAAAAAAAGUAAAAUCAAGUAAAGGGGAUAAAUACAUGAAUCUGAUCUGUCCUAUUUGGAAUAAAAUUAAUGAAAAUAAAAAAUUACAAAGUGCAUGAAGGAUCUGGUUCAAUAACUUGUACAGAAAACCCAAUUCAAUAUAAAUACAUCGAUAAUUUAAACAAAUUGUUAAAAAGAUUAUAUUUUAUUGCUGCCUAAGAAGAAGCUGGUAAUAAUAAUAAAUUCCAUAAUGAAAAGUUAAGUAUUAUAAAUUUUGUAAGUAAAGAAAUGGAAAAAAUUAGUUGAUACAACCCAUGGUAUAGAAUAUCUCAUUUCUUUUAUUGCAAGUUUACCAAAAUAAGUGAUCAUUGGAUCUAGACUUGUUAAUAAUUUCUUGAAUAGUAAAUUUAUGCCUGAAAUUCACUGGUCUGGUUAUAACUAUCCCGGACCAUUUACAAAAUCUACGAAACCAAUAAACAAACUAGAUGAAACUGCCUAAAUUAUAUAUCUAAAUAUUUUGUCUAAAUAUCAGAAACCUGAUUAAAAAAAUGUAUUCUUAAGUUAUGACAAUUUUUAAAUCUUGUUCAGAAGUAUCAAUAGUCUAUUCUGCAAAGAUUUCAUUAACUUGUUUAUCUAGAACAGUUAAAUGUGCAUUAAUAUUUGCUAUUUUUAAUGAAUAAAACUUUUGAUAUAUUUCUGGUAAAUACUGAAUCUUUUCAUAAAUAUAAUCACCUAAAAUUUCAAAAGUAGAAUUAGAAAAAUGCAUCUGAUCCUUUGCGGAUUUGCCCAACAUUUUGAAAGCUGUUUCACAACUGAUGAAAACCAUACAAACCAAAAUGAAGUAGUAAACCUUGAACAAAGAAACAUAGAAGAUCAACCAAUAGUCAAUUCCAUGAGCCCAUAUACCCCUAAAGAAAUACAGAUAAUAAUAAAUAAACUAGCUAAUAAAUAAAGCCCGGGUCAUGAUCUGAUAACAAAUAAAAUACUCAAAAAUCUCUAUCAUACAUAGCUAGACCUCAUGAACUCCUCCAUAAGACUAGGCUAUUUUCCUGACACAUGGAAAAUUGCAAUCAUUAUCCCUAUACAUAAACCAGGAAAACAAAAUAGUUCACCCAAAAGUUACAGACCCAUUAACCCUACUCCCAAUUUUCUCAAAACUCCUUGAAAGAAUUUUGCUGCACAGAAUUAAACUGUUCCUAAAAAUUAUACCACUACAUCAAUUCGGUUUCAAACCAUUUUAUUCGACAACCCAUCAGCUACAAUGGAUCUCUGAAAUCAUAGUAAACAGUUAUGAAAAUAAAAAUUUACUACAACAGCCUUUUUAGACAUAUCACAGGCCUUCGAUAAGGUUUGGCACCAUGGACUUAUUUUAAAAAUAAAAUCCCUAAACCUACCUUUAUACCUUAACAAUACACUCUUGUCAUUUAUAGUAAAUCUCAAAUUUCAUGUCAGAAUAGGAACAGAUAUAUCACAAAUACAUAAUGUAAAGGCUGGAGUUCCACAGGGAUCUGUGCUAGGACCAUCUCUAUUCAAUAUCUACUGUCACGAUAUACCAACACCGCAACACUGCCAUCUAGCAAUGUUCGCAGAUGACAUUGCAAUAAUAACGCAAAACCAAACUCUUGAAUCUUCAAAAAGAGACCUACAAAGCUCCAUAGAUGAACUAUCCCUCUGGUUCUCAAAAUGAAAACUAACACUAAACCCAACCAAAAGCGAAGCAAAAAUAUUUACACUCAGAAAUUACAUAAACCCGACCCUACUUCAAAUAAACAAUAAAGAAAUCAACUGGAAUAACAAAGAUGACUCAGUAAAAUAUUUGGGCCUGCACCUUGACAAAAAACUAAGCUGGAAAAUACACAUCAACAAAAAAUUAAACCAAGGAUACACUAGGCUACGAAUACUGUACCCUCUAUUAAAUCAUAGCUCUACCAUACAAAUGAAAUGCUCUCUACUCCUUUACACAGCAGUAAUAAGACCAUUAGUAACCUAUGCAUGCCCAGUCUCAAAAACAAAAAUUAAAAAAUUACAAACCCUCCAAAAUAAAUUCCUAAGAAUAGCCCUAAAGGCCCCUUGGUUUAUGAGAAACAAACAACUACACAACAAUACAGGCCUACCACACCUAUCUACCUGGAUAACACAACAAUUUAAAAAUUUCCUCGGGAAACUCCACUAAGUUGGCAGAGCCUGUCACUACAAUAUGGGCAAGAGAUCCACAAAUCUAAGACUCAAACCUCGGCUACCUCAGGACAUCCUACUAGAUCCCAAUGAAGACACCCCAACCUCAGACCCAGACUCAUAGCUUAUCAAAUCUAUUAAACCUAUUAUACAUUACAUAAUUAAUUAUAUAAUAAUAUAAUAUUACUAUUAUAAUUAAAAAAAAAAAAAAUGUGUAACAUUGUAAAAAUACUUGGUGUAUUGACACAAUUAUAUUAAUAAAUAAUAAAAAAAAAGAUAUACAAUUUAGGUAUAUUUUUUAUAAUUUUUAAUAAAAUCCAAACACAAAUAUACACAAAUAGGCGGAUCAUUUUAGUGUUGAAAUCUUCUAGAUGUUAUUUUAAGAUAAUUUUCUCCUAAAUACUUUACUAAUUCUUUUGGUGGAUUAGCAUUACCAUAAGAAUCAAAAUAAAUUUUAAGAUUUUCAUGUUUUAUCCAUGCAACUCAAUGUGAUCCUUCUUGAUCAGAAUUAUUUAAAAUAUUAAUAUUCCACAUUGAUUCGUUAAAGUUUCUAUAGAUAAUUCAUCUCUCAUUAAACAUCCUUGAACAUUUUUAAUUUUUUACCAGCUUUCAUGAUAUCGAAAUAUGCAGAAACAUGUAAAACAUUGUUAUUUCUGAACUUAUUUACACUGAAUACUAAAAAUCGAUUUUUGGGUAGUCCAAUUUUGAGAAUUGUUGAGUUUAAAUAUCUUAGCGAGAAAUCAUCGUAGCUCAAUUCUGUUUUCAUCUACUCCUACUAAACCUUAAACGAUCUUUUAAAAUAUGUUAUCAAAUUUUGUCUAAAAUGAUUAGUAAGAGAUUUUGGAUUCUACUGGAUCGAUUGACUUUAAAUUUUAUAUAAACCUUUCAAAUAUAAUCUUUGUUAACAUAUAGAAAUUUGCUAAAAUUCUAAAAGAUAGAAAUAAAUUUAUUAACAAUACAAAUCGUAAUGUUAUAUAUAUUGGUAGAUAUAUAAUAUUUUAAUANAUUUAUCUAUUACACACGCAAUGUGUAAUAUAUUUUAUUAUUUAUUAUUUUAAAAGAGAACUGUUCCUACCACAAUGUUAAUAUGAAAAUAGUUUUUAAAUAUUAUUCAACUUUAAAAAUAAUAAAUUCAUAUUUCUCUUGUUUUGAUAUAACCUUUUGGACUUUUUAAAACAUUUAAUUUUUUUAAAUAUAAUUUUUCAAUUUAUGUUUGUGAACAAAGAACAAGAAAAUAAUGUGAACAGAGAUCAGAAAUUAGUUUUUAAAGUGAAAAAUAUCUAGCUGUUCCAGAACAAACAUAAUUAUACUGCCUAUAUAUAUAUAUAUAUAUAUAUAGUAUUAUAUAGUUGUGUACUUCAUAAUGUAUAAGUAUCAUACUCAACAAUUUUAGUGUUUCUAAUAACAUAGAAACAUUUCUUAUUCUAAUAUAUGUAUAGGUAUCGAAAUCUUUGUGGCAAAGCAAAUAAGGAUGUUGAGGGGUCUGUGGUUGACUAUGGCAACAUUGAGUAUGAAAUGCGAUGUGUGCUGUAUAAUGUGGGUGCAGCACAUAGUCGACUGGCUGCUGCCCAAGACCGGUCACCUCCACUAGAAUCUUCUAGUGAACUGAUAGAAGGAACAGAGUCUUCAUCAACUAAGGCUCUCAAGGUAGCUUGCACACAUUUGCAAUGUGCUGCAUGGGCAUUUCAGGUAUUGAUUUACCAACCAAUUAAUCUAUAUGUGUCAUUGUAUUAUGUCCACAAGCCUUUAAGUCUGCCAAAUUCGGGAGAGGUGUGCAAUAUAAAUACCAUGAAAAAUAUUGGAUAAAAAAACUUGAAUUUGAAUUUUUUAUGAUGAUAUAGAUCAUUUUCCAGUUUUACUACAUUUAUUAUAAAUGUGUUAUUUUUUAUAAGGGGGUUUUUUAUAACUUUACAGUGUUGAAUUGAAAUACUCAAUAAAACUGAAUAAAUAUUAUUUAUCUAUGUAUUUAUUAUGCACUUAAGAUAUUCUGUUUAUUUAAUUAAAUUUUUAGUAUAAUAAUAUGAAUGAUUAUUUAAAAUACAACUCAAAAAUAAAACUAAAUUUUAUGGAAUGUUAACCCAUUGUUAAUUUUUUACAGCAAUUGCUUGGCAGUAGAGGAAACAACAAUGAAAAGUUUGAACGACAAAAGCCAUCAGUUACAAGUUACACUGUUCUCGAGUUUUCAUUUAAUGUUAUGCUAGCACAAGCACAAGAGUGCAUCUUAGAGAAAAGUAUGAUGGAUGGCCGAAAACCUCUCAUAAUAGGUACUACUAAUAAUAUUUAUUUAUCAUAUUAAAAAUAUUAUAUAAUUGUAUUAUAUUAAUUACUAGUUGUCCUGACUUUGUGCACUAAGUAUUGAACAAAUAAAAAUGUGUCUUCAUGACUCCUCAUUUCCUAAUCUGUUUCAGUUAAUAAUUGUUGCUUGGUAAUUUAUUAAAGUAGUAAUUUACAUAUAAAUACUACUAUUACUCCAACUGUAUUUUUAAUAUUUUAUAUUCCUCAUCAUCAAGAGUAUCAUUAUUGAUUUGUGUGUUUAUAUUAUUAAUAUAGCCAAAGUGUCAGCAAUGAUAUGCGAGUAUUUCGCUUCAGCAGUAGAUGCAGUACGCAGAAUGGAACAUGAGCCUAAUUGUGUGAGCAACUAUAGGUUUGAGGUGAAUUCAAUUUUGAUUUUCAAAUAUUACAUCUUAAGGAAUGACAAUCUUUGACUGUUACAGAAGUGGAAAUCAUACUCUGAGUUCAAGUGCCGUUAUUAUGGAUCUGUAACAGCUCUGUUCCAGGGCCAACAUGUCCAGGAUCAACUCCAGCAGAUGGGCACUCGAGUGUCAUUUUAUCGACGAUCUUUAAAUUUGCUUAAUCGCGCAUGUAUGGUGUCUGAGCAAGGUGCCAAUACAUUAAUGGCUUUGGCACCAAAAGAUGAAGACGUAGAAGAUGAUGAAUACUAUUACUACUUGCAAUCAAAAGAUAGCCAGAAUAAAAGUCAAUAUGCAAUUGCCAAAGUAAGAAUAAAAAUUUUUUCAAUCAAGUUCAAUACAGCUCCUCCAUUAAAAUUAAACUUACUAAUAAUAACAAAAGAUUAUUCAUGAGGUUUUAAAAACUAAAUGAAACAUGCAUCAUGCAUAUAGUUUAUCAGUGUUUAGCUUUACAGUCAUCAUACAGGCACAUCCACUUUAAAAUAAUUUAUUUUCACCUUAUUUUUAGUAAGAUUUUGAUUUUAUUUUAAGUAUAUUUUUCAUAUAUACAUAUAUACUUUUUAUUAUUUAUAUUAUUUUGUAUAAUUUGAGUUAAUAACCACAUUAAUGUAAUUUUAAAAACUAAUAACUCAAUAUAAUUUUAAACUUUCUGAUUAUAUUAUUAUUUUUGUUUUUUAAUUAUCAGUUGAAAUUUUAAAAGUAAGUUCUUCUGUAUUUUUAUCCUAAUUUUGAUGGGAUUACAUAAAAUAUCACUUUUUACAUGUAAACAUUUUGCAAUAAUUGAAGUCAAUUUGUGUCUUAUGUAUAACAAUAACGAUGAUUGAAUUAACAUAAAUAACAUGAUUGUUUUAUAAAUCAUAAAUCAAUAUCAAAAUAAUUAAAAAUAAAUGUAGUUAUAUCAAUCUCUGUUAAUACAUCUAAAUGUUUACAUAAAUAGUCAGCCACUCUUUUAUUAGUCUAUAGUUAACUAUUCCACCAAAUUUUGAUGUGGAUUUGAAAAUGUUCAAAUUAGUGCAAAUUAGAUUGUAAUUAUGAUUUUUAAUACUGAUUAGUUUUUAGAUUCUAUAGGGUGGUAUUUUUUAGAUUUCCUAAGCAGCCAUUUUAAAAAUAAAAGCAUGUAAGUGUGAAAAAACUGUAGGAAAUGUUCAAUUUCACAAUUUCAUCAAAAAAACAUUAGAUACCUUUUUAAUUUACUUUCUUACAGUAUCAUUGCCAAAACUUUUGAAACAUUUUUGAGGUUUUUGCGCGAUUUUAAUUUUUGGGAGUUUUUGCUAUAUAUCAGUUAUAAAUACACAUAGAGACUUAUAUUGGACUAACCUAGACAUGAUAAAAAUUUCCAAAAUUGUACUUUUUUUUUAUACUAUAGACUACUUUCAUCCUAGAAAACUUACUCAGAUGUAUAAAUGUAGCACCCUUUUCUUAAAGUCAAUUUUAUCUAUUUGUUAAAUACAUAAGUUAUUUUUUGAUUUUCAAAAUGGUAUUUAAAAUAAAAAUGAUUAACCGGAAAAAAAAUAUACGAUUUUUCACGAUUUCGUUAUUUUAAGUAGGUCCCUACCAUGUUUACUAGCACAAAUAUGGCUCCAAUUGAAAAACAACAAGAGACCUGUUAUAUUGAAUUAUUAAUUUUGAUUUUAAUGAUACAGGCCAUAUUUUGAUUUUCAAAUUAAUUUUUAUAAUAAUCGGCAAAAAAUGUAAGAAGGUUAGGUUAAAAAUAAUUAUGGUACUUCAAAUUAUGUAUUUCCGAAUUGCGCUCUGAAUCUUCUUUCAUAAUCAAUGGUUUAUCAUUGCUUACAGAUAUAAAUGAAAUAACCUUAUGUAUCCCACCUUCCCACUACCCACCUAACACAGUAGCAGCACUCAUUUCCAGUAUCAGCUCUUUUUACAAUCAGUUUGUAUAUGUAAUAUAUUAUCAAGAUUAUUGUAUUUAUUUCAUUGUGUAUGUGAUUGGAUGUGUAUUGAUUGGAUGUGUAUUGGAAAGCUACAAUAUAGAAUUAAAAUAUUUGUUCUUUUGUGUACAUUGAUAGAUUUUUUUUCUAUAUUAUUUGCAAUUUUGUGUUUUCUUUUCAAGAUAUAUUUAGCAAGAUUUAAUUUAGGAUAUUUUCGUUUUAAUCUAAUUUCUAAAAGUGUUAUAAUUUGUUUCCCAUUAACUUAUGUAUAUUUUAUUGCAUUCAAAAUUUAAUUUAUACAUUCCUGGAUUAUCAUAUUUAUUUAUUAGAAUAUUUUGAUGUUUAUUGAUUUUAUUAUUUAGACAUUUAAUUAUAUUAUUAUAUGUAUAGAAAGCUGGUUUAUAAAUUUGGCUGUUAUUUUUAUUGUUGUUUAUACAGUUGUUUUUUUGUUGUAAUUUAUUUAAAACUGGUUGUAGAAACUUAAAAUUUGACAGAAACUUUACAUAGACAUAAUGAAAUUUCAAACAUUUGAGUCAUUUUUAAGCUAUUUAUAGACAUUUUAAUUUUAAGAGUAUUUUUCUAUGGAUAAAAUUGUUGGACUAAACAGAAAUGCUUGAAAAUUUAACAUAAGUUUCAUUAUAGGUUGUACUCAGUGGUCAAUAAAAAAAAGUUGUUAGUAUUUUUUUUUUUUUUGUAAGAAUUUUAAUAUCAAAUAUUGAUAAAAAUCUUAAAUAUCAUAAUAUUGACCUUUGAAACAUAAAUAACCAAACUCCACUCAGAAUCCUUAAGACAGCCACAUAUGGUCCAGUUGACCUGUCAGUUAUGCCUGAGUAGGCCGCCAAAGAUCUACAGGCUGGACUAAUGCAGUACUCCAGAUGUGAAUCUGUCUAGCAUCAUUUCAGUCACAAGUUUUGAUAGACAUGGCUACUAUCACGCUUGCUGAUAUUAGAUACUAUUUUCUUCAAACAAUGUUCGCUUUGGUAUUUAUUAAUACAAUUUUUAAUACACUGAGAUUCUUUUUCUCUACACAUUAAAAAAAAAAGAAUGACAAAACCACACGAAAUAACAUAUGUACCGCAGUAUUAUAUUAAUUAUAUUAGCUUGUGAACUGUAAAAUAAAACUUAACUUAAUUCGACUGGAUGGCCAUAGCUCAGAAUACACAUACCUUCCGAUAUGUCUGCACAGUCCCCCACAGCAAGAUGGAAGAAAGAGUUUUCAUAUUUUUUCGGCAGCUUACACAAGCAUUACUGACAGGCUGACUGGACCAUGGCUGCUUUUAGCAAUAAUAAAUCAUUGCAUACGAAAAUAAAUUUAAUUUUACCUCCCAACUUCUCACCUACAUCAUUGGCCCACCCAUCCAGCGAUGUCAGUCUCAUAUAUAUAAAUAUAUAUACAUAUAUACAUAUAUACAUAUAUCUUUUUCUAUUAUAUAUUUUUUCUUCUGGGCCUCCACACAAGUUCUCCUCAGUGAGACCCAGUAUUCAUGUGGUAAAUAAAAUUAAUAAAUAAACACUUAUUUUAUUAGUAUUGUGUUUGUGUUACUGUGAUAAAUUUUUAUUGAUUUUAAAGGAAUUGGAGAUGCGCAGAGAUACUCUUUCAUUUGCCAUGGAUGUGGCUGGGGCUAAAUGGCGAGCAGCUAAAUCAGAGAAUGAGCUUAUUUAUCAUGAACCUGUAGUCCCUGUGUCUUCAGACGAUGAUGAUACUGAAUGUAUAAGAAGUAACUUGGCAUCAACAAGUAGUACUAAUCAUCCCCAAUUAGAAAUGGUUAAGGGUGCCUCUCUGGUAAAGCCUAUUGGAUUUGGCAUAGAUGAUACUGAGUUAUUAGUUGUUGUGACUAACAAGGAUUCACCAUGUGAGUCAACUACUACUACAUUAUUCAAAGACCUAGUGCCUGCAGCCACUCGUCACCGAGCUGAAAUAUACCAGUUUGUAUCAAUUAUUAUUAAUUAAUUAUCUUAACUAUUUUAAAAAUACUAGUGUGUGAUUAUGUUUAUGUAUAUUUUAUUCAUGUCUGCUAGUAUCUGGUUCAAAAAAUUUGUUUAAAGCCUCUGUACUCACCAUGGAAUUUUAAAAGUAGUUUAAUUUUACACAUUUAAAGACAUGAGUUCAUAAACAUGUUUACUUUGCAUUAAAGUAUAUUUUUUUAUAUUAAGAAUCCUGUUCAUGGUUAUUUACAAUAUCUUUACAAUAAAAUGCUUAUAAAAAAUUCUUAACAUUUACAAUUAAAAAUCAUGUUUUUCAAUAUAUAUAGUAAAUAAAUAUAUAAAUAAAAAAUUAAUAUAUUAAAAUAAAAUAAAUUAAUUAAUGAAAGCAUAGACUGGAGUAUUAUGAUAAAUUUAUUAUAAAACCAGUUUAAAAUUAAAAAUUCAUCAUCAGGUAUAUCAUAGUCAAAAUGUAAAGUAUUAAAUGAAGGAAUAUAUAGAAAGAAAAACAUUGAUUAGGUUCGGGUAGGGUAGGGUAGAAAUACAAACUGAUUGUUUUUACAUAGAAUAUAGAAAUAAUUUAUUUUAAUAGGAGAGAUUAUUUAAAAUUAGUUAUUAUUAAACAUAAAUUUGUUGAAAAAAUGUAAAUUAAUUGAUUAUUAUUUAUUCUCUAAAAUGUAUUGAUACAAGAUUAUUUUUAAAAAGGGUUUGAACAUUUAAAAUAUUAAAAUUAUUUUUCUUUAAUUCAUUGUGUGUGUGUAAUUCUUCUAAAACUGAAUUAAUGUAAAUGUUUUUUUGGGUAUUUAAUAUUUCUAAGUCUGUAUUAAUAUCUAAACUUAUAUUAUGGUUAUUUUUUAAAUUUAGCGAAAUUUGAAUUGGGGGGUCUCUAAGAUUCUGAGUGGAGCAAAGAAGCUUAUGGUUUUAAAAAAAUUAAAAUUUUCUAAUAAAGGAAUUGCUCUGAUUUUUAUGUGUAGCACCUUUUCUUAAAGGAUAUUUAUGUGGAGAGAUACUUUAAAGAGGUCAUUUUUUCGAUUUUAUCAAGAGUUUUCUCAUCAAAUGUGAAAAACUCCCAAAAAUCAGGAAAAUGUAUCACAUAUAUUUGUAUACUACAAUGUUUUUUUUUUCUGUGAACAACUUUUCUACUAGCAAUUUUAUUUCAGUUAAUUUGAUGAUCCCAAGAGUUUUCUCAACAAAUGUAUUGUUUAUUAUGGAAACUGUAAAAUAUAUAAGCUAUGGGUCCUUUAAGUGCUCUUUUAUUUGAAAUUUCCAUGUAAAAUUAUGAAACCAAUAAUAUUAUUAACAAAAAAAUAUACAGUGCAUAUAUAAAAGAAUAUUAUAGAUAUGUUGAUGACACAUGCAUUUUAUUUAGAGGUUCAAAUAGACAUGCAGAAAAUUUAGUUAAUUACUUAAACCAAAUAAAUAAAAACUUUCAAUUUACAAUCAAAAUACAAAUCAAUAAUACAUUUAAUUUCUUAGAUCUUACAGUUUCCAUAGUAAACAAUACAUUUGAUUUUAGAAUUUAGGGUCUUAAAAAAAAAAAAAAUUGUUAAUUCAAUAUUCCAUAGGCUGAACGUAAUCUAUUAAAUAAACAUAAUUAUCAACAUGAGCUUAAUAUUAUCCAUAAUAUAGUUCAUAGAAAUAAUUUCAAUUUCAAUACUAUUGAAAAAAUGCAUAAACAUGUUAAAGAAAAAAUAAAACACAACUCACCAGAUAAUGUUGUUAACUUUUGUAGUAUGAAAUAUCAAAAUAAUAUUUCUAACAAAUUAGCUAAAAUUCUGAACAAUUAUGCAAAUAAUGUAAAAAUUGUUUUUAAGACUAAUAAUAAUUUAAUUUUCAUAUAAAGAAUAGAACUAAAAACUUCACAAAAAAAAUUCUCCUUUUAAAAAUGCUGUUAAAAAUAAACUUAAAUGUAACUGUAAUAAAUUGUAUGUAAGACAAAUAGAAAUUUUAAAAUAAGAUAUAAAGAACCCAUUUCUGAAAAAAAAUUAAAAAUGACUGCCUCUAAUUCAAAUUAGCCAUAAAUAGCCAUAAUAUAAGUUUUAAUAUUAAUACAGACUUAGAAAUGUAUAAACCCAGAAUAACAUUUACAUUAAUUCAAUUAUAGAAGAAUUACACAUACACAAUGAAUUAAAGAAAAAUAAUUUUAAUAAUAUUUUUAAAUGUACAAACAGUGUACUUUAAGUGUAAUUUUAAUUAUUCAAAUUUAGAAGAAUUAUAAUAUAAAAAAAUAAUUUUAAAUGUUCAAACCGAUUUUAAAAAUAAUAUCUUAUAUCAAUACUUUUCAGCUAAUAUAUAAUAACCAAAUAAUUUAUAUUUCAUAACAUAUCUAUGUCUAAUAAUAAUAAUUAAUUUUAAAUAAUCUCUCUUAUUAAAUUAAAUUAUUUCUAUAUUUUAUGUAAAAUGACCGAUUUGUAUAAUUUUUAUUCCGUGUAUUCCUUCAUUUAAUUUUUUAUACUCAGUCGCAUUUUACAUUUUGACUGUAAUUUACCUGAUGAUGAAUUUUGAAUUCGAAACUGGUCUAUAAUAUAAUACAUUUAUCAUAAUACUCCAGACUAUAUAUUCAUUCAUUCAUUUAUUUAUUUUUAUACAUAAAUUGUUAAUUAAUAUAUUUAUUUCACGAGUAUUAACUAUUUUAAUAAUUUUGUUUUUACUUUAUUAUUUUAUUAUUUUUCAAUAAAAUAAUAAUCUUUAUUUGUCAAUUACAACAGUAUGUACAUUAUUUUUUACAAGAAAAUAAAUACAUUGACACUUCUCCAAUAAGCAUAGCUUGUGAUAGGGGAUAGUGAGUUCAAAUCUAUACUAAUAUAUAUAUAAAUUAAAUUUAAAACUAACAAAAUAUACAUAAAAAAUUAUAAAUAAAUAACUAUAUUAACUAUUGUUUAGUAAACUACACAAAUAAAAGUAAACAAAAAAAGAAAGAAAACAAAAAAAUAAUAUUAAAAAUUAUCAGAUGGACAUUUUAUUAAGAUCUAAGGAUAGUAUGUAAUUAAUUAUUUGUUUUUUAUUCAAGCAUUUAAUUUAACUAAAUAUGGUAUUAUAUUUCUUGUAUAUAGCAGUUCCAACAUAGAAGAUACUAUUUUGACAGUUUUAAACUUAACUGAAAUUAGAUUCCAAAAUUUUUUAGAUCUGGUAUUGUGUACAUGUUUUAUAGUAAAGCUGCUGAUGUCCAUUUUCAUUAAUAUUUUUAAAAUAAAGUCCAUUAAAUUUUAGAACAUCAAAAUCAUAUAAUUGGACAGUUAAAUAAAGUGGAUCUUUAUUAAGUAUACAUUUAAUUAAAGUGUUAACUACAAUUUCUAAUUUAUGAAAAUUAGUUUUGUUAGUUCCACGCCCAUACAACAAUUUCAUGUGAAAUAAUGGAUUGUGCUGAUGCAAAGUAUACCAUUUUCUUCUUCUUUCUUCAGCUUAACGGUCCUUGAAGGACCUGAGCUGUCACAAGUAAGUCUCUCCACCUUUCUCUGUUGAGUGCUAAUUCAACAGACGCAUUCACAUCCAACAAUUGAAUGUCCCUCUUCACAGCAUCUUUCCAUCUUGUUCAUGGUCUACCCACGGUUCACGGUUCUUCUGUAUCAUUGCGGUUGUGACCUUUUUUAGUAUAUCAUCUUCAGCUCUCCAAAUAUGUAAAAAAACCACUCCAUUCUCUUAGUUCUUAUAUACGUUAAUAUCGUUGGUUUUCCAUACAAUUGGUACAAAUUUUCGUUUUUCCGCCUUUCGAAUGUUCCUAGGUCCAGAUUGUACACCGAGCCAAAAAUAGAUCAAGUCUCAUACGUGUAAGUCACUAUUGGUCUCAGAUAACUGACAUUGAGCAGUGUUUUCGACUUUCUCGACAACAAUUUAGAUUUCAAUAACUUUUGGAUGCUUUGGUAGCAUUGGUUUUCACAUGCUAAUCGUUCAACUAUUUCCUGAUGCAUGUCAGUUUUAUUGUUUAUGUUUACACCUAGAUACUUAAAACUUUCUACACUUUCAAAUGUGAGAUUAUCUACUUGUAGAUUAGGCUGAUAUUCUCUUCUCCCGGAAAGUACCAUAAAUUUUGUUUUUUCUUCGUUAAUACAAAGUCCCAUUUGUUUUACUGGUCGUCACAAGGUUAGACAUUGUCUGGGUGAUAUCUUGUCAUGAGUUUCCUAAANAGAUACUUAAAACUUUCUACACUUUCAAAUGUGAGAUUAUCUACUUGUAGAUUAGGCUGAUCUUCUCUUCUCUUGGAAAGUACUAUAAAUUUUGUUUUUCUUCAUUAAUACGAAGUCCCAUUCUUUUACUGGCCGUCACAAGGUUAGACAUGGUCUGGGUGAUAUCUUGUCUUAAGUUUCCUAAAAUGACAAUAUCAUCUGCAUACGCCAAUAUUAUUUCUUUAUUUACCACCUCAACUUGAUAACUAUGAUUUAUUUAUCGAAUCGCUUUUUCGAGACCUAAAUUGAAUAGGGUUGGGGAUAAGGCAUCUCCUUGCCGUAGGCCCGAAUUUACUUCAAAGGCUGAUGACGAUUCUCCCAGAAAUUUCACUUUGCAUGCUGUUUUCUUAUUGCACAGCUUUACUAACAUAUUUUUUCGGUAUACCGAAGUAGGUCAAUGUGUUCCAUAACUCUUCCCUAUUUAUACUACCGUANUGACUAUGAUUUAUUUCUCGAAUCACCUUUUCGAGAUCUAAAUUGAAUAGGGUUGGGGAUAAGGCAUCCCCUUGCUCAAUUUUACUUCAAAGGCUGAUGAUAAUCCAUUUAAUUCAAUACCAUUUUAAGAUUGUUAAUAUUUUAAAUAUAUUUCAAUGAUUUAAAUUUAAAAAAUUAACAUCUAAUAAGUAAGGAAAUGUAAUCUAAAUGAUAGUUCCAUUUCAAAUGUGCAUCAAUAAAAAUUCCUAAAUAUUUUACUAAAUAUUUUUUUUGUAUAAUCACAACUAUUAUGGUUAGUAGGGUCAUGUUAGGUUUACUCAAAUAGAUUAUGCUUAUCUCAUCAAUAUUUGAAGUUUCAUUAAUAGUGAAAUUAAAAUAUUAUUUAAAAUAUAAUAAUUAAAAUAUUAAAAUUGAUAUGUAUCUAUACAUAUCAAUUUUUAUAAUUUAAUAAAGAAAAGUUUCAAUUUUUUUAACUAUUGCAAACCAAUUCUUGUAUACUCAUAAAAAUAUAAGUUCACAUCAUAGUAAAACCAAUAUAUCUGCUAACCCAUUUUAUUUAUAUUUUGCCUAGUAACAUUUAUGCUAGCAUACAUCUUUUGGUUGUUGUGUUCAUAUACAUAAUGUAUUCCAUUGUGGUACAUUAACUGAUACUAAAAUGUUAUAAGGACACUUAAUUUUUUUAUGCUAGUGUUUUGGCAUGACUUAUACUAUUUCCUUUUUUUUUUUAUUAAUUGAUGGAGACUGAUUUGAAGUAACAAUAUAAGGUGAUUGGGCUGUAGCUCUGAAUUUAAGUUUGGCAAUAUUUGUUCAUUUGUUAGUUUUCAUGGAUUUAUCAUUUUGGUAAUCUGUAAUUAUUCCAAUUUCUUGUGAAUUUUUUUUUCACAAGACGUUUGAUUUUAAUUAUUUUUAUUAUAGAGCAGAUGGCUACCAAAAAAUAUUGUAUCUCUUAACAUAAAAUCCAGUACUCAUUGUAUUUUUCGGAUCUAUAUCACCUCCAUGAUUGACAUCUCGAAGAAUAUAAUAGCAAAACUAUUUAAAAUGGGGGGGGGUUGUAGUUUUGUCAAUUUCCCACAAAGUAGAAUUAAAAAAAAGAAGAAAUUUUAUGUUAACAAAUACAAUAUUCUUUGGUAUUCAUCUGUUUUAUAAUGAAAAUAAUUAAAAUCAAACAACGGCUUACAAAAAAAAAAAAAAAAAAAACAUUAAUUUACAAGACAUUGGAAUAAUUACAAAUCACCGAAAUAAUAAAACCAUAACAACCAAUAAAUGAAUAAAUGCUGCCAAACUUAAAUUCGGGGCUACAAUUGGAACACUUUAUAUUGUUACUCAAUAUAAAGUAUUCAUAAUAAUUAAUUAAAAAACAAUUCAAUAAAAACAACUGAAUUUAUGCAUUUUUUUAAUAUUUUUUACAGUCAAAUGAGUCGUAUUUUACGUAUAGGAUCGUUAAAUUGACGCUUAAAUAAAAAAUAAUUUAUUCCAUUGAAAUACCUGACAAAUUUACAUACAAAUUUACGUGUCACACAAAAAUUACGAUUUUGGACAUAUAGCACAUAAGCCAAAAAUGGCGGUGAUAAUGAUUAUUUUUGGAAAAAAUCGAGUGACCCCUUAUUUCGUAAGAGAAUUUUGGGUUAAAUUCUCUGGAAUGGUUUAUUUUUAUUUUGUAUGGGUAUUUUACAAAUAAAACGGGUAAAACCAGAGUUUUAAUAAGAAAACAAAAAUUCCAAAAAAACAAUUCUUAUAGCCACAUAUAGAGUCACAAUCCGUAGAGUUGGCCAGUUUUUUCUGAUACACUCUGUAUAUAUUUUGUGAUUUCAAUAUAACAGAGUAUAUGACCAUAACUAAAAAGUAUAUAGUAUAGGUAAGGUGUUUAUAAAUAAUGAUCAGAAGUAAAGGUAACCUUCCACUACAGCCCUGUGUGUAUGUGUUAGUGGUGAGAAAAAUCCAUAUUUCGAAUUGUUCGAAAAUUCGAAUACUUGGAUUUUACUCUGAUUGCACACACUCGCAAUGUUACUAGUGUGUGUGAGUGUGUUAAUAACUGAUGACGUGAUUUUAAUCCUGAAAAACUUAAUUUGUUCAGGAUACUUUAUUAGCUGCAUUCACAUAAGUAUUGUAAAUAUUUUUGUAAUCAGGAGAGUGACCUUAAUAACAUAUCAAAAGUCAAAAUUUUAAUGAUCAGAGUAGAUCGAGGAUUGCAUUCAUAGAUAUAAGAGAUUGUAUAUACUGAAAGAGGGGUUCCUUGCACUAUAUACUAAAAGUUUUUCAGAAUAGUUUUCUGAUUUACUCACAGUAUCACUAUACUCUAUUCACCGUAAGUUGACCCAUUACUUGACGAAAACCUCUCACAAAAAUCCCGAAAAAAAAAACUCACCCCCCACCCUGUACGAAAGGUCGCGGCGGCAGUCUACUGCUUACUACGACGAACAACGACGAACAACGACGAUCGCCUAACACCGCCGACCAAUCACAGACCACGACGGCCCAAUACAUGCGCGGAAGUGAGUCAACUUGCAGUGGAUAGACUAUAGUGUGUGUGAGGGUGUUAACAACUGAUGACGUGAUCAUGACGCGUGAUUUUAAAGUUUUAAAUUAACAGAAUUGAUCGAGGAUUGCGUUCAUAGAUAUAAAAUUGGUGUAUUUUGAAAUAGGGGUUCAUCUACACUAUAUAUUAAAAGUUUUUUAUAAUGGUUUUCUGAUUGUAUUCACUCACAGUGUCACUAUACUCUAUUCACCGUAAGUUGACCCAUUACUUGACGAAAUCCUCUUGCGAAAAUCCCGAAAAAAAAAAAAAAACUCACCCCCCUCCCUUGUACGAAAGGUCGCGGCGGCAGUCUACUGCUUACUACGACGAACAACGACGAUCGCCUAACACCGCCGACCAAUCACAGACCACGACGGCCCAAUAUACAUGCGCGGAAGUGAGUCAACUUACAGUGAAUAGACUAUAGUGUGUGUGAGGGUGUUAACAACUGAUGACGUGAUCAUGACGCGUGCCCGGUGACCUAACUAAUGGCCGAGGACGACCAUUGACUGUGAUGCGCGAUAAUCUUUAUUUUUCGUACCCUCUGUAAAAAAGUUUUUCUUCAAAAAGAAGCAAUUUAAAAUUUCAUAUUUAAACUUAUAACAUAAUAUUUAAUAUCCAUAGUAGUUAUUUUAAUUUGAUAAUAUGUUAUAAUAUACAUACUCUUUUUACUGUUGCAAUAGAACUGAAAAACGAGCCAUGUUAACAGAAUUGCAAUCUUUGUGCGACAGCGCAGAUGAACGAUUGUCUGUGUUCAUGGAUACAUUAAAUCUUGAAUGCUUGGAAAUGUACAAAGAAGAUGUAAACAAUGUGCUGGAACUUCCACAAGUAAGUGUUUGCAUUUAACAUAUUUAUUCUUGUUCUGUUUAAUAUUGUUAAAUGUACUUUAUUUAAAAAGCAAUUGGUCAACUGUUGUGCCUCUUAUCAAGCACUAUUACUACAAAAGCAACAAGAAAGAGGAGAUACACCAUAUAGUGAUGAUGAUGAAGACCAUUUAGACGCUGAUAUGGCUCGGUUAUCAGCUGCAAUACAAGCAGUAGAUGGCAUGCUGGAUGAGAUUGAUAGACUAUUGAAGGUAUUAUUUAUUCAAGACAAGUAUGCAUAUUUUAGAGAUUAAACAGCAUUUAGAUUAUUUUUGAAAGUAUUUCUAUAAAACCCAGAAAGUAAUAUUUAAUAUUUGAUACCACGGGCGGGGAGCCCUACUUCACGCCGGAAUGACCUGACCACUCCGGACUUAUUGCCCCCAAGGUUAAGGAGAAUAACUUGGCUGAAAGGUGGUAGCUGUGGAACUGGCGCGAUAUAGUAAAGCUAAUCCACCGCACCUAGUGGGCGAAGGGGAACCCAUUCCGGUCGCGAGAAAGGUAUGGGCCCAAAAAAGCCCAGGGCCAGUGUUCCCUCUGAAGACCCGGGACCGGUGGCGGCUUGCCAUCAUCCCUCCAGCACCGCGACUGCCCACAAGUAGCACCCAGCGCUAAAACGUGGACGGCUGGCAGUAGGCGUCAGCCGGCCCAAAACUCUUUAAUUUAAUAGUAAUAGGAAAAAUGACCAAGGACAAAUAGAUUAAUGUAAAUCAAUGGAACAAUGAAUUAUUAAUUAUUGGUGAAACUGAACAUUAUUAAUUUAUUGUAAGAUAAAUAAAUUGUUGUGGAACUGAUGUGAGCUAGGGUUUAGUUGUGAUUGUGAUAAGAAAAUUGCAUCUUAUUUUCAUGUAUAAAGUAUAACUCUGACAUUAAUAGACUCAUUUUUUUUAUAUAUAUAUAUGUAUUUGCUUUUAUAUUUAUUUAUUAUUUAAAUACAUGUAAUGUUAUAUUUGGGUAACAAAUUAUUGGAUGGUCAAAUGGAUAACUAAUACAAUAAUAAGAAUAAUCUAUAAUAAUAAAUUAUGUGGAAUAAAUCACUGUCUUUUAUUAGGUCAUGUUUGGAUUUCUAGUUUCGAUACAUAGAAACAUAGAAUUUCUAUGCAUUUCAACUAUAAAUCAGGAUUAAACUUAAAAAUAACAUAUAACUUGGGAAAGUUCAAAUGUAUAUCUAUAACUUCAGUAAGUCAUGAAUAGUAGUGGUAAAUUUUACUGUUGUUGUUUUUUGAGUUUUGAGUUUUAUCAUACAAUUAUUUAAUAAUGUACAGUAUCUCCCAUGAUUGAUAAUCAUAAUUGUAAAUUACUAAUUGAAAGGUUUUCAAUUUUUGUUCUUUUUUCUUCGUCUGUCUUGGUCUUUUUUUUAGGAUUCAUAUAUAAAAGUUUGCUUGCAAUAAAUUUAUAAUACAGACUUUAAUAUUUUUGUAAACAAAAGACUGAAGAACUUGGUGAUUCUGAGUAUCGACGUACAAUGGGUCGGCCAUAUGAUUAUUCAGCUGGCCGAAUGCGAGAACUACGCAGAGAGGCUUCCAGGUACAGGGAGACACAUGUUGGUCGUGCUCGAGACAGUUGGGUUACACUUAGUCGUGCUGUUCGUGAGCGCCGCCGUAGGGAUUUGGAGCUGCUAGCAUUACCACCAACCGAACUUGCAGCUCGGUUACCACCAGCACAGCCUACACGAUCAGCGAUUUCAGCUGAAGUAGCUGCUUCUGGUGUUGUAGAUUUGUCAACACCCAUGGAUAUCACCAGUGAGCAUUUUGUUGUUUUAAUUGUUAUUAUGUAUGCCGUGAUAUUGUAUAUUCAGUUUAUUAAGGCGAUCUACUGACCUAAUAAUUUUACAUAUAGAAUAAUAUACAGUGUAUCUCACCAACUGUUAAACUAUUAUUGCGAUAUAGAAUAAGUGUAGUGAUAAUGAUUAUUCUGCAAUAUUAAUUGUUUUCACACAAAUUUUCUAGAAAUUAAAAUGGCUAUUACUAAGAAACUAUUCAUCUGAUAUGGUUUGUAUAAUUUUGUUAAAUAAAUAAAUAAAGUUUUUGUAUUUAAGGGAUGGAAAUAAAAAUUUAAUUUUUUUCCAAAUCGAUGUCCCCAUCGAAGACAAACCGAUUGAGAAAAUAAAAAUUGAAAAAUAUUUAAUAUUAAUAGCACUAGAAAAAUUUGUCAACUUCAUAGUGGGACAAACUGUAUACAUAUAUUUGUAUAGUAUAUAAAUAUAACUUUUACAUUUUGUGUUAAAUUAUUGGCCACCUUUGGGCUUGUUGAUUAUUGUGCACAUAAUUUGUAAGAAUUAAGGCAGAAUCAUAAAUUACAUCAAUCAAUUCCAUCUUCUAAUAUUGUUUAUGUGUGUCAAUUGUAUGUUUAGCAUGCUCAGCAGAAUCAUCGGAUCAAAAUGACACUGAAUCUGAUGAUAGUAACAGUGGACGGUUUCGCCAGCGAGAUUCUUUAAAACGUCUGGAUCGACUUAACAUGGUGGUUAAUAAACUGCAAGAAGUUAAAAAUCAACGGCAAACCCUGCUAGCCCAACUUCGAGGUGAGAUGGACCAAGAAGAUGCAGAAGCCUUUGCAAUUGGACAAGAUGAUACAGAUGUAUUAGGAGAAUUACAAGGAACUGAAGUUGAUAUUACAGUAGCUAUGAAAAAGAAGUUGGAUGAACGAUAUGCUAACCUGGUAAAUCAUAUUAUAUACAGUACAUAAUUUUAUUUAACGGUCAUUUAGAAAUAACAAAAAGUAAAAUUUUAAUAGAAUUAUUAAUAGUACCACUAUUUAUAAUCAUAAGUGUUAAUAAAGUUAACUUUUCUUAGUAAGGAGUUAGAGAUUUCCUAGUACUAGAGAGCAUAUUAUAUAAUCACUGAACCUUUUAUCAGUGGAUUAGUACAGUACCAUAUGGUGUAAUUUUUUUGUCCAUACAUUGUUAUUAACCUAGACUAAAUUCUAGUCCUUGAUUAUGAGUAAUUAAUUUCUACUGUUGUAUUUAAUUCAUUUCAUUUCAUCAAGUAAAAGUACACACUCCUUUAUUCAUAUAUUCAAGUGAUCUAACCUUUUUAAAUAUAAUAAAAAGAAAUAUACUUAAAUAUUUUUUAUUAAGAAGGUUAAUCUAUUAAAGGAGAGGUGCCAGUUAUUAAUAUUUUAAUGACCAUCUUAAUGAUUCUUUCACUAAUCUAUUGCCUGUAAUGGUCAUUUAAAGGGAAGAGUUACAGUUUUUUUACAGUCAAAUAUGAUAUUUUAGAUCAAAAAGCCAAAAUUUGUUUACAAUUUCUAAUAAAAUAAUUAAAUAUCUAUUUAGUAGAGAAUCUAAAGAAUCAUUUUCAGAAUAAGUUCAACAUAAUUUUUACAAAAUUCAUCUUUAGAAAAUAUUACUAAACACACAGCAUUUCAAAAUUUAUUUAACUGAGCUUCAUUCAGAAUAGUUUACAUUAGCAAUGAUUUAUUAUUGGGUAUAUAAAUAAAAUGAGACAUUGUAUCUUAUCUGCCCAACUUGUUUACAACAAUGGUACAUUCAGAAACAGUAUUGAUUUUUUUUUUUUAAGAAGAUUAUAAUUUAUAAAAUUAUGUUUGUGUAUAUUUAAUAAAAGGUUAUCUUUAUUGACCGGAAUUUGACUGCACAACUGAAUAUUGUGGAUGCUGUGAUGACAGCAUAUGCACGUGCUGCACCUGAACGCCGAGCAUACUCCAAUGCCAUUCAACGACGUCGGACUGUUAUUGCAUCAUUAUUGGAUGCAUAUGAAAGUUUUGCAACUGCUAAUGGAGGAAUGUCAAUGGCAUCUGAUUGUGAACCAUCGUUAUCAAACUCUGGGUUACUCCCAGAUGCGGUUCUUGCUGAACGGUGUUCAAAGGGUCUAGAAUUUUACCAGCGACUGGUUACCAAUGUGUCAAAACUAUUACAGCGCGUCAAAGGUGUGUUUAAUCUCAUUACAAAUUACUGUUGAUUUUAUAAUAUCCAGAUAAGCUUAGGUUAUACACUAUUAGCAAUAUUAGCGAUGAUUCUUUGAAUUAGGUGUUUGAUGUGCACAUUGCAAUACAACUCCUCACAUAAUUAUUAAUGAAUAAAUGAAUUAUGAAUGAAUAAUUAGAUAAAAAUACAUAUAUUUGUAUUUAUUUAAUAGGCUGUGGCUCCAUCCAUAGUAUAUGAUCUAAGCAGAUAAGUCAUAGUUCAUGAAAGAUGAUUGGCUAAUUUUAAUUAUUGUGAGUAUAGGAGGUUACUAUAAGACUGGUAUGAUUAAUGAACAAAUAACAUUUUUAUUGAACAUUGUUGACAAUUGCAUAUGCCCUAACAUUUUUGAAGUUCAAGAUGGUUAAAUAUUCGGUUUUUAAAUUUGUUUGAUGUACUGUAUGCUUAUUUUAGAUUAUUAAAGUUGUAAUUUCAAGUUUUUAAUUUUUAGAAAAAGAAACCCAUGGUACUUAUACAAUACACUUGUUUAUAAUAAUAUACAAUUAACAACUUGAUAUUUUAACUUAGUUUGAAUUUAGCAGUGCAUACUUUAUUUUGAAAUAUUUUUUUAACUCUUUACUUUAUAUAUAUAUAAUUAAGGUAUUUUUAAUAGUGUAUAAUAAUGUUGGUUAUGGAAUAAUUCAACUUUAAUAUGUAAUAAAUAAUGACCGAUUUGAUAAUGUAUAUUGUUUUCCUGAAAAGAGUUUAUAUAACAAUAUUGAAUACUGUUAACGUCACCCUUAUUUUUUUUUUUUUUAGUGAUUUAAAAUAUGUUUAAUUUAUUCCCAAUUUAGUUACCUAAAGAAAUGAUUAUACUUUUUAUAGUGAGGUACACUUGAAAUAAAUAAUUUUUUUACGAUUAUAAUGGAAUAAAUAUUAAGAAAACAAAUAUAUUAAUUUAGUAUAAUUAAUUAAUAUUUUUGAAAAAAAUUGUAGUGAUCACAAGUGAUAUUAACUGAUAGGUUCCUAGGGACUUACCUCCAUUUAAAUACCAAUAAGUAUAACUUAAUAUAGUUUCAUUAGCAGAAUAGCCCUCCAGAUCUGUAUUGUACUUAACAAGUAACUUUUUGUAAUAGAAUAUCUAUAAAACAUGACAAAUAUUUAUUUUUAUAUGGAAAAAUGAAUUAUAUAGGACAAAUGUAAUUACAAUGAGCACACAAAUUUAGAAGUUUAAAUUUCAAAAAAAUAAAUAAUUAUUAAAGUGUCUUGUGUCUAUAGUUUAAAGGGAUUUCCAAAAAUUAUUUAAAUACAAGUUACAAAUAUAACUCAGUUACCUAUCCCAAAUACAACUAUUUUAGUUACUACUCAGCUCUGAUUAAAAUUAAUAAUUAUUUUUAGUUCUUAUUAAUUUUUAAAAAAUGACAUGCUGUAAAUAUUAUUUAAUUAUCCAAAUAAGAAGCAGAUAUUAAAUAAAUUAGGUACCUUGUUUGUGUUGGUCAAAUAAAAUUUGUUCAACUGACAGCCUAGAACAAAAAAACUAUGACAUGACUAAAUCAUUAUUAUAACAUUUCUAUUCAUUUUGUAUAGGUGUGUUAUAUUAUAAAUUACAUUCAACGUACAUAUAUCUUGUUGAUUUAUUAAACUCUAUGGAUUUUGGACCUAAUCUUUAUAUUAAAUAAUAUUGAACUGCUAUUCUAUACUAGUAUAAUACUAUAGUAUUUAACAUUUUUUUUUGUAUUCAGGUACGUGCCAGGUACAGACUGAACAGCGUGAUCAAAUAAUCAAACAACAUCAGCAAUUGGAAGUGGGGACACAAAAGUCAGAUAAUGUAUCUAUCAUCAGUGUCAAACCUGAAUAUCAAAUACCCAUUGCCUCAGCUAAUGACAAAGAUUGUCACGUCCAGGAAGGUUUGAUUGCAGCUGCUAGCAGCAACAAUGAAUCAAAUAACCCAUUAAUGCUGAUGAGGGCUGGACAUUGGGAUGAGCAAUAUCAUCUCCAGAGACUUUCACCAUUGGGGUCUGAACAACAUUACCACCAAUACCAACAUCAAACACAAUCACUUCCACCAUUAUCUUAUAAUACUACCAGUGUUGGCAAUAUGGAAUACUAUGACUAUUAUCGUAAUGAUUGUCAAUCCUCUAUCAAAGGUGGUUACAAUGCUAAUAUACAAACCAAUUCUGUCAAUCAACAUCCAUUGGUAACUGCAUCUAUGGCUACAUACACAUUCGCGACCAAUUCCGUAGGUUCGACAGCAGGAUUAGGUCCUGUGAACCCUACUACCACAGUGCUCACAACUCCGGUGUCCAUGUUUAACUAUUAUAACUGUAGAUUACCCACAGACACAAUUAUGACUUCUUUACUGCCAUCAGUAUCAUCCUACAAUAAUUCAGGUACUUCAAUUGGUCACAGUAAUGAUGUGGCUACAGCAGCAUUGAUGAAUGCUUUGCGUUUGACAAAUAAUAUUGAAAACUGCCAAAAUUUGCCUUCAUAUAAUACAAACAAUCCAGGCAGUAGUGUUGGUAGUGACAGUAAUGCUUUUAGAAACAUCCCUGCAACAGUGGCUGCAUAUGGUGUAGGCGUUGGUGGUAUUAAUGACACAAAUAAUAUUAAUAGUGGUGUUGGUGGUUAUGUGGCUGCUGGUGGGUAUGGUGGUUUCCAGAACAACUCUACUACAAUGUCACAAUUGCAACAGUAUUAUACGCACCAGUAUCAACAACAAAUUUCAACAGCUAAUAAUGUUUCUAAUGUUGGAAGGGCAAGAUUUUUUUUAAGACAGCGACAGCAUCAUAUAAUAGCUGGAGUAAGUAAUGCUUCUGAAUCAUCGCCAUUUUCUUCAUCUUCAAUUUUGUCAGCAACUGGUCUUUUAUCGGCUGUACAACAGUCACCUGUGAAUGACACUUCCAAUAUGGCUAAUUUUGUACAACACUCAUCAACACAACAACAAAUACAUAUGUAUAACCAACAACAACAACAGUCUCAAUUAUUAUAUAAACAACAACAGCAAACUCAAUAUUCCCAAUUAUAUCAACAACAACAACAACAACAAUUCUAUCAACAACAAAUAUAUCAGCAACAACAGUCCCUAGUGUACUCACAACAACAGCAGCAGCAGCAGCAGCAGCAGCAGCAACAGCAACAACAGCAACAACAACAACAACAACAGCAACAACAGCAGCAACAACAACAGCAGAUGAAUGGAACCCCAGCUAAUUUUUACUAUUCUUCACAAUUGUAUCAACCGCAAAAUGUGCAGUUAACAACAAACUCCACAUUAAUGGAUGUUACCCAUCAACCAGUAUCAUCAAAUGGUGAAAAUUAUUAUCAAGUGCAACAGCAAUAUAAUGUACCAACAUCUGCUGCUCUUAAUACAGCCACUGUGACAUCUUUUAAUAAUUAUUUCCAUCAGCCACAAUUUUAUCAGCAGGGUCCAACCAUUAGUUUGUUAGAUGAUGACCUUUUACAGUCUGGACCACCACCUAUUCAACCUGAAAAGAUUGAUACCAUGUCUACAACACCCACAACUAACUGUGAUUAAUUAGUGUAUUCAAUACUAGAAAAAACUAGAAAAGUAAGUUUUUAAUCCCUUAUUGAUUAUUAAAAUACAUUUUAUUACUCUUUAUUCCAUUAUAUGUUUUUACUUCUUUUUUCAUUGCAAUUAUUAUUAUUUCACUUCUUAACCUAAUAUUGUAACUCCUUUAUUUUAUGUAUUUCAGUAACCACAAUGGUUAUUUUAUUAUAAUUUGGUUUUUAUUACAUUAUAUUUACUAUCCACAAUUAUAUAUUUAUAUUAUAUACAUUUUUUUUUUUUUAUAAACAACUAUGGUAUAAUGUAUUUGUGUGUUUUGAAAUAUUAUACAUUCUUAUGUUUAUAAAAUAAAAACUUUAUGAACAUACUAAAUUUUAAUUUAUGACUAAUACUGUGUGAAAUUAUAUAUAAUACCUUCUAUAAUUUAAUUUUUACUUCAAAUUUAUAUGGUUAGAUAUAGUAUUUAUUCAAUAUAAUUAUUAAUAUUGUAAAUAACUUAUUAUUAUAAAUUAUAAUACAAUAUCAUCUAUAUUUUAAGAAUUUUAUCAACUUUAUAUUGACUUUGUAUUUUUUAAGUUCACUUUUUGACAAAAUUGAAUAUUUAGAUUGAUUUUUUAAUAAAGGGUGUUAUUAUUUUAUUUAGAUGUUUUUCAAUGAAUAAAUGAAUUAAUCCAAAGU